AUGGCCUCCAAACUGGUACCGUUUAUGUUCAGGAGCGCCCCGCGGGCCUCGCGCCAGUUCCAGAGGGCUCAAUGGCGGGCCUUCAGUGUAUCGCGGCCUGCGCGUAGCGACUCGCUCAAUGUGCACCGCGAUACACCCGAGAACAAUGCGAAUAUCCCCUUCGAGUUCACUGCGCAGAACAAGGAGCUCAUCAAGGAGAUUGUCUCCCGGUACCCGUCCCAGUACAAGAAGGCCGCCGUCAUGCCGCUCCUCGAUCUUGGCCAGCGCCAGCACGGCUUCACCAGCAUCAGCGUCAUGAACGAGGUCGCGCGGAUACUCGAGAUGCCCCCAAUGCGUGUCUACGAGGUCGCCACCUUCUACACCAUGUACAACCGGAAUCCGACGGGCAAGUUCCACGUUCAGAUCUGCACAACGACGCCCUGCAUGCUCCGCGACAGCGACGCCGUCAUGAAGGCCUGCGAGGACACUCUUGGCAUCCACCAUGGCCAGACCACCAAGGACGGCCUGUUCACCAUGACUGAAGUCGAGUGCCUCGGCGCAUGCGCAAACGCACCCAUGGUCCAGAUCAACGACGACUACUACGAGGACCUGACCUACGAAUCAACUGUGUCUCUUCUCAAGGCUCUGAGGCACGCUUCCGAAGCUACGGGUGCUAACUUGGGCGGAGCAGAUGGCCUCAACACCAAGGGCAACAAUGCUUCGCCGAACUCCGCUGGCGAGGACGCGAUCAACAGGCAGGGACGAUCCAUCGAGGCUGGUAACCUGAAGAUACCAUCACCCGGACCAUUGAGCGGAAGGAAGAGCUGCGAGCCAGCUGGUGGAUUGACCUGUUUGACUGGCGAGCCAUGGGGUAACGAGACCCUGCGCAAGGACGGCGAGCUGUAAAAUGCUUAUGUAUAUUUUCAAUAAAUUCAGAACGAGGUACAUUGCGCCACGUUUUCUUCUG